AUGGCGAAGACGGCUGUCAGAGCGAUUGAUCUUCCGAUCAAGGUGCCCAAGAAGGGGCAAGUCGAUUACAACCGAUGCACCUUCGAGGAGCUGCAAGCCUUCGUCGCUGCCCGCGGCCUAAAACACCAGGCAAGAUCCACGCGUUACGCGGCGCGUGAGCUCAUCGUCACCCUGCAACGCGCCGACGACAACCCGUCGUUCCCCUACUUCUUCGAACUCGCGCCGGAGAUGAGGAACCGCAUCUACGAUGAGCUCCUGGUCUUCGAUCCCGACACCGGCUUCGCCCACCCGCAGAUCCUCGCCUCGUGCCGCGCAGCCAACAAUGAAGCCAAGAACAUCAUGUGCACCAAGAACGUGGCCGUCGUUCGCAUCGACUUCGGCAUCAUGCCAACCUACGCAGGACAUGUCGACCACAAGGUCUCGAUGGGCGGCCCGCUUGCUCGCGCAAACACGGAGCACCUGGAGUUCUUGAUCACCGGCCCGAUCCGGUGGCCUCGAGCGCUGUUGAAGUUCGAGCACGUACAAGUCGACAUCCGCUUGGGCUACGGUUCGCUCGGUGUCAAGCGCAUUCUACGCCGUAAUCAAAUGAACGGCGCCGUGGCCACACUCGGCUCAUUCCUGGAAGAGAGCGAGCGCCUCAAACGCGUGACGGUGAAGGGUGAUUUCGACGCGGUCCUGAAAGGCAAUCACACAACGACAACAGAGCUCGUGUCGAUGCUCUACCCCAUCAGUCGCCUCUACGCGAAAAAGGCGCAGUGCGACUUCGUCUUCAAGGGCUUUCAAGCGUGCCGCGAGGUUGCCCGGGCGUUGAUCAACAACGCAAACGCACACCACGACUUCUACCAGACCACCUUCCUCCGCAAGCUGGCCCUCGUCGGCCUCGAACUCUACCAUAUCAGCGAGCUGGGUGAGCGCAACGUUCCUCGCGGAAUCGGAUUCGGACUCUGCAGCAACGAUCUGGAACAAAAAGUUCGCGCUAUCGAACCGGAGCUGCUCCGCCUCGGCGGCGCGCUCUACGACAACAUCGAAGACGAGAAGAAGCUCAUGGAGUGUGCCGACCGUGCUGCGAGCCUGUACACCGAGUUUGCGAAGACGGGCAUCUUGAAGAGAAAGGCUGCUCACCAAGAGAAGUAUGGUUCUGAGCAUACUUGUGCAUCUUGCGAAUUCCAUCGCGUGCAUCAUAUGAGAAUCAGAUCGUUCCCGGAGGAGGAGUGA